AUGGAAGGUAUCUCGAACCAAAGUGACUUGUGGCAGUUUAACGAGUCGUGGAAGAACUCCAGUCUCCUUAAUGGCACCACCGGGUUGAAUAGGACGAAUCCUCUGAAGCGCAAUGAGGAGGCGGCGAAGGUGGAGGUGACCGUGCUCGCCCUGGUGCUGUUCCUGGCGCUGGCGGGGAACCUGUGCGUCCUGCUGGCCAUCCACACCACCAAGCACAGCCAGUCACGCAUGUACUACUUCAUGAAGCACCUGAGCAUCGCCGAUCUAGUUGUGGCGAUAUUUCAAGUUCUGCCUCAACUUAUCUGGGACAUCACUUUUCGCUUCUACGGACCGGACACCUUGUGCAGAUUGGUGAAAUACCUACAGGUUGUCGGGAUGUUCGCGUCCACGUACAUGUUAGUUUUGAUGUCUGUAGACCGGUGUCUGGCAAUUUGUCAGCCUCUCCGUUCUUUGCACAGGAGAAAAGACCGUUUCUAUGUCAUAUCCUCCUGGAUCCUGAGCCUGCUGUUCAGCGUCCCGCAGAUGUUCAUCUUCUCCCUGCGAGAGGUCGGCUCGGCCGGAUCAGGAGUCUACGACUGCUGGGGUGAUUUCGUGAAGCCGUGGGGAGCCAAAGCUUACAUCACAUGGUUCAGCCUGACCAUAUACAUCAUCCCCGUGGCCAUACUCAGCAUUUGCUACGGUUUGAUAAGCUUCAAAAUAUGGCAAAACUUCAAACUGAAGACCAGACGGGAGCAGUGUAUAAGCCUGACGCCCAAAACAUCCAAAGGCAACACGCUGGCCCGUGUGAGCAGCGUGAAGCUCAUCUCCAAGGCAAAGAUAACCACAGUGAAAAUGACUUUUGUAAUCGUCGUGGCUUAUAUCGUCUGCUGGACCCCCUUCUUCUCUGUCCAGAUGUGGUCUGCGUGGGACCCAGAUGCGCCUCGUGAGGCCAUGCCCUUCAUCAUCUCCAUGCUGCUGGCCAGCCUCAACAGCUGCUGUAACCCCUGGAUCUACAUGUGCUUCGCCGGACACCUGUUCCAGGAUCUUAGGCAGAACUUUCUGUGCUGUUCCACUCGCUACCUCAAGUCGUCCCAGUGCCGCUGUGAGCCCGACUUUGACUCCAGUCACAAGAGCAACUCCUCAACAUUUGUCAUCAAGAGCACCAGCAGUCAGAGGAGCAUCACAAAGACUUCUAGCACAUAAGCACUGAUCCCCCAUCCCCUCCCUCAAGCUGCCCUCUUGGCCUUUAACCCCAUGCUGUCGCCCCCCAAAAAAAUCCAUCAGUUUGACUCCUGCAGAUAUCUCUUUCCCUUAAGGUUGCUGUUCAAAGCCCAAAAACGUAAUAACAACUACGCUCUAAAAUCGUCCAUGUACAUUAAUAUACAGGACAUAGUGAAAAUAAAAUUUAAAAAAGUCGAAAAAACUAUAAUUUAGGGGCAAUAUUUUGUAAAUAAAAACUUUCAAGAUAAUCAUGGACCCAGCUGAGCAGUCCACUCAAUCUUUUGAUGUAUGUUUUUACUUUUCUUUUUUAGAUGUACAGUAUAUAUUUACAUAUUUACAGGGCAGAGAGUGAAAAAAAUAUA